AUGGUUCUGCUAAAGUUGUUUUUUCUUCUCUUCCUAACUCAGCAAUGUCAUGGAUAUGUGAACAACUUCAAGAUGAGCAUAUUCUUCAACGACCAGCCGACGAAAGUUCGCUAUCUUUUGAUCGAUUUGGCCACGUCCGAAAGCUUUGCUCUUCAUUCAAAAGGUGAGUCGGGGGCACUUGCAACAGUUGGGUAUAAGCAUGGCUGCAAACCGGGCCAGCCCGGCCCGGGCCUGCGGGCCGGCCCGGAAAAUUUUUGUACUAGGUUGGAAAGAAAGAAAGCAGGAAAUGAAGGGGAAAUUAUUUCACAUUUUCGCAAAAUGUAAAGAAUAAUUUAGCAAACCCUAUAAUAGUGCAAUUGCCGCUGGACUAUUUUUAUAAAUUACUAAGUCGCCAUAAAUUUUCUUACCAUAUGGUUACAAAAAAUCAUAAGCUUUUGUGUAGAGUCACCCAAAUUUUAGCAAAAAUAUUUUAUCACAGAUCUUUUAUCGGAUCUGAAAAAACCUACAAGCGUAUUGCGUAUUUUUGAAAAUUUUUCCUUUUUCUUUUUUGCGCAUAUUAACUAUGAGGUCGCACUUAAGAAUCUCUGAAAAUUUUUUCAAAUUGACAGGAAAAUUAUUUUUUUAUUUGGGCGAGUGGUAAAUAAGGUCACUUUACGUUUGCUAUCAGCAAUGUGUUCGAAAAAAUGAAAAAAUCUAACGAAAACCUUAUUUUUCCCUUUUUUCCGGGCAAAAACCAGAUUUCAAAAAAACCGGGUCGGCCCGGGCCGGGCCGGGCCUGAAAAUCGAAGCCCGGGGUCGGGCCGAGAAAUUAUCGGCCCGACCCGGGCCGGAAAAUUUUGGAAAGCCCGGCCCGAAGCCAUGCCUAGUUGGGUAGGAAAAGGUUAUUUGGAAAAAAGGUCCUAACAUGGUAAGUACCUCAUAUCUUGAUGAAAGUUGGCACAAUACAACAAUUUUUUCUAAGGCUCAUCCGAAACUCCUAGUUUGCACUUUGCAGAAACAACCGAGAUUUUUUUGAUCGAAAGUCGAAACAACGCGACAUUUUUAAAAAAAAUUCUGAUAUGAAAAAUUUCAUGCUUAUUUCUUCUGUUAAGCGCAAUGCUUCUACAAAAAAAUCAAUUUUUUUCCACGCAUAACUGACAAAGAUUUGGCAAUUUUCUAUCUCUGGCUGUUCUCCGUGUUUUGUGCAGUCUCUCGGACCCAAAGAUCAUUCAAUAUCUCGGGUGUCUCUGCAAAGCGUCAGCUAAAAUUUUCAGAUUUUGAUACGUGCCCUAAGCUUGAAAUGUGUGCGAAAGUUGAAAAAAAUGCAAGCGUUGCAUUUUGACCAUAUAAGAGUGAAGAUAUAAGUAUGCAUGAGUCAUUUUCAAAAAGCACCCUAAAUUUGCUCACUUUUUGGCUCGCACGCGAUUCUUUAAUUUCGCUCACCGAAACGGCGAGCAAAUCUUUCGCGGCUUGCAAUUUUCUAAUUUCGCCUGCCUAGGGAAAGACUUGGCUCAAAGAUGCCGCGGCAGGCGAAAUUAGAAAAUUGCUCGCCACUUCGACGGGGGCGAGCACUUUUGAAAGUUUGCUCGCCGUUUCGGUCAGCAAAAUGAAAGAAUCGCGUGCGAGCCAAAAAGUGAGCGAAUUUAGGGUGCUUUUUGAAAAUGACUCGUGCAUACUUAUAUCUUCACUCUUAUAUUUACUCCUUACUUUUAAAAAAAAUCUUUUAGAAUUCGCGGAAAUCUACGGCGAUGAAAACACCUUCGACUCGGCCGCUUCAGACACCUUUAAAAGCCUCAACGAAACUCUUAAACUAAGUUACGCAGAAGAAUUGAACACCAAUUCCUCGGCAGUCACAGGCGUUUUGGGCGAGGAUGACGUCACUGUUGUGAUGAGUUUCGUGGAAGGAGAAUUCUUGGUGGCCAAGGAAAUGUCGGGGAACGAUAUUCCAAUCGGCCGAUUUGAUGGGUCCGCUGCGGCGGGGAGAAUCGGAUUCUCGAAGAAAAAAGAUACGAAGACCAACUUGCGAGACGGUUUAUUGGAUGAUGGACCGUUGAAGGUGCUGUGUUUGGAUACCAGCGUCGCGAAAGACGGAUCGUAAGUGGAGAAAUGGAAUUUUUGGGCUGUAGCGGAGAUUGACGAUAAAUUUCGCUGUAAAUUUGACUCUCUGCUUGGCGAGGCGGUGUAUAAAUUUAUAAAAAUUCUAGCAUGCAAAGAGAGAAAAAAUGGGGACGAUCAGGUCGUUUUUUGGAAUGAGCUACAAGCGCAGCCGAGAUAUUCAACGGUGUUUUCCGCGGAGAGAGAAUGCCGAACGGAGAGAGCGGCAUUAAUACAAACAUUUUUCGAUCGUAUCCUUGCUAGCUUCGCGCGAAAAAUUUGAUUUUUUUGAAACAUUUCCAUCCACGUUAGAAAUAGCUAUGAAACUUUUCAUGCUAAAAUUUCACAGGAGGUACGGGUAGCACAAAAACAAUUAUGACUAAUUUUAGUAAUAGAAGCGUAAAGUAAUUUGAAAUCAAAGUCUCCAUAAAAUUUGCAUAAUAUUAUUUAUUAUUCGAACCGAAGACAGUCAAAACAUGUAAAAAAGAUAAAAAAAAUGUGAAAAUUAUAUUAUAUUAAAAAGUGAUCACCGGAAGUGAAAAACAAUAUGUUAGUGUUUCAUGUAUGAUUUUCGGGAUUUUUUCAUACAUCUUGAACAAAAGCAUACGUCGUAGUCGGGGUGACGUUGGAAGAAAUGGCACUGAGGCUGGUGGGGCACCCCAUGGAGCAUUUGGGGAGGCUGUCCAUAAUAAACGUAUGGCUGGGCUGAAUAUUGAAGUAGCUCUUGUCCGUAUGAUGGGGGAGCGGAGGGGUAAAAUUGAGGCUUAAAAUAGAAAAUUAGUAAUUAAAUAGUCAAAAAGUUUCAAGUUGAUGACAAAAUUUUUUUACUGAAAAUUCAAUAUUUCAAAAAAAGUUAUUUAUAUUCCAAAAAAAGCAAUAGAAAUUAGUAAACUCACAUUAUACAUCUCCAUUUGCGUAUAAUACCCGUAAUUUGCCGGGUGAAAUUGGCCUUGGUCGACGGGUGAAGAAGCUGUGGACCAGGGAGUGUAAGACCGCGAAGGGUCGUCGUAGGAUGAAUAUCCUGACGACUGGCUUUCCACUGAUGACGGCCUGGGGAUCUCAAUCGAAGGAGGGCUCACGGAAGGGCUCGAUUUUGAGGCUUGAGGACCCCAAACAUCGAGAAACUCGGUAAAAACAAAGUUAUCGGCCAGUUGAGACAUCUUGAAAGGGAUGCUGACAAAAGUCGAUAAAAAUACAAUGUAUGGAUAUGGUAUUAAAACUGAAACUUCCUCUGUAUUUAUACGGCUCGCUUGAUUUUUUUCUGCGUUUUUAAUUUUUGAUUUGUGUUGAUUUUUUUGCAGAAAUUUCCGGUUUGGCUUUUUGCGCAAGAGGAAAUUAAGGAAAAAUGCUUACGUAAAAUCAUGAUUUUCUGCUCUAAAACUGUCCUUUGAAAAAUGUCGUUGGCUUUGAAAACAUAACAUUGUGUAAUCAGGAUUUCAAAUUAUUGAAUUUUGAGAUUUUUUGCUUGCAAUUUGAAGAAUUCGUCAAGAUUUUCAGGAAAAUUUUUCUCCAUUUUCGAGGAGUCACAAAGGUUUUUUAAUUUUUUCUUUGGCCGCCUCUCCUUAUUUCGUAUGCUUUUUGGUACACGAGGAUCGUUGAAUAUCUUGGCUGUGGGGCAAAGCAAAGGCUAAAAUUCUCAGAAUUUCUUGUAUGGCCUGUUAGAGGAUUAACCAAAAAAAAAAAAUUUUUUUUUGACAAAUUUUUGAUGUUUCCACAAUUUCCCGAUUUAUAAAAAUAAUUUUUUUUCGAAAUUUUAUUAUGACAAAAUCAAUUUUUUUUUAUUUUUGGUGAUAAAUUGCAUUUUUUUACAUUUUUUUCACCGUGCAAAAAUCAAAAAAAGAAUAAAAAAAUCUAAAAAAUCUUUCAUUUUUCCCAUUUUUCAUUUUCAGUAAAAAAUACACUACUAUUGCCAGCGGCGGUUAUGUUUACCACGACAAUUUCCGAACCAAAGUUUCCUCUCUUCCCAGCUCCGAUGGCUUAUGGAAAUUUAAUGUGAACAAAAUUUCCAUUGGAAAAUCCACCUUCUCCACCGUCUACCCAGCCACUCUAUCCACCACAUACAACGGCCUGACCUUGCCGGAGCCGAUUUUCCAACGGCUAAUUCGACUGCUGAACGCUCAAUUCGACCGCGAACGCGGUCGAUAUUUGGUGUUCUGCAAUUUGAACAGGGACAUUUUAAUUUCCGUCAAUUCCAACGUAAUCCCCAUACAGUAUGACGCAUAUACGGAGACCAUUUACAAGAGCAAUUGGUGCGGUUUGAAAGUGCGUAGUACGAAGGAGAGGAAGAUCGUUUUGGGAGCGCCAUUUUAUACGAAUAAUGGGAUCUGUUUGGACUUCCAAAACGAAACCAUCCACUUUUAUGACGCUUCGCCGAGAGAGCGGAUUAAUAAUUAUGUGAUUACGGGGAAUUUCAGAAAGAAUGGAAUCACGAAAACCGUGUUCGAAGAGAGAAUUUGA